CCUCCCUCUCUCUGUCUGUCUCCAGAACACCCUGGAGUCCUGUAACAUCUGCAGUAAACCCAUCAUGGAGCGUAUCCUGCGGGCUACAGGGAAGGCCUACCACCCACACUGCUUCACCUGUGUGGUGUGUCAACGCAGCCUGGACGGUAUCCCCUUCACUGUGGACGCUGCCAAUCACAUCCACUGCAUCGACGACUUCCACAAGAAGUUUGCCCCUCGUUGCUGUGUGUGUUCUGAGCCCAUCAUGCCAGCUCCAGGCCAGGAGGAGACUGUUCGUAUCGUCGCCUUGGACCGAGACUUCCACGUGCAGUGUUACCGUUGUGAGGACUGUGGUUCUCUGCUGUCUGAAGGGGACAACCAGGGUUGUUACCCCCUGGACGGACAUGUCCUCUGUAAGAGCUGUAACACCAGCCGUAUCCAGGCCCUCACCGCCAAGGCUACCACUGACCUCUGAACCCCAGAUACCCUGCUACACCGCCAAGGCUACCACUGACCUCUGAACCCCAGAUACCCUGCUACACCGCCAAGGCUACCACUGACCUCUGAACCCCAGAUACCCUGCUACACCGCUCACCUCUACUGCCUGGCUGGCUGCCCUUCAGCCCGACACACACACACACGUACAUAUACACA